CUACACUAUUGCGGCACAGAGGAAGAGCACGUUGUAAGUAGGAAGGUUUGAGCCGCACCUCGCUCGAAACUUUGAGCCGCCGUUCAUUUGAAUGUUUUAAUAUUUUCCUGGUAGGAUUUCAGCUUCCAGCUAGACGUAGCUGUAGCUAAAAAUUUUACGUGUAUUUCUAAUAUUCGGGUUUCUACCUAAUCGUCGUUUUGCCGUUAAUUCAAGCGCAGAAGACCCGUUAGCUCACGUGCUAACUUCCUGAACAGUUACCGUUAGCGGGCUUGUUGCGACCAUGUCCGGCGGAGGCAUUGUCCGUGGACCCGCGGGCAGCAACGACUGUCGGAUAUACGUGGGGAAUCUGCCCCCAGACAUUCGCUCCAAAGACGUGGAAGAUUUGUUUUACAAAUACGGGGCCAUUCGUGAUAUCGAUCUGAAAAACCGGAGAGGAGGACCGCCGUUCGCCUUUGUGCAGUUCGAGGACCCGAGGGAUGCUGAGGAUGCUGUUUAUGGCCGUGAUGGUUAUGACUACGAUGGAUACCGCCUGCGCGUUGAGUUUCCCAGGAGUGGAAGGGGUGGUGGUGGAGGAGGAGAAAGAGGAGGUGGUGGUGGUGGUGGAAGUGGAGCAAUGGGACCCCCAAGGGGAAGGCACGGUCCCCCGUCCCGCCGCUCUGAGUACAGGGUUGUUGUGUCAGGUCUUCCCCCCAGUGGAAGCUGGCAGGACCUGAAGGAUCACAUGCGAGAGGCAGGUGAUGUAUGUUAUGCUGAUGUGUUCCGUGAUGGCACCGGGGUUGUGGAGUUUGUCCGCAAAGAAGACAUGACCUACGCUGUCCACCAAUUGGAUAACACCAAGUUUCGUUCUCACGAGGGAGAGACGGCCUACAUUCGCGUGAAGACGGACGGUCCUCGCAGCCCCAGCUACGGUCGAUCUCGCUCCCGUAGCCGUAGCCGCAGCCGCAGUCGAAGCCGGAGCAAGAGCGGGUCGCGCAGCUUCUCCCCUCGUCGCAACAGGGGGUCUCCGCGUUACUCUCCCAGGCGUUCCCGCUCCCGCUCUCGCACCUAGAUUCACCUGACCUCAACUAAAGAGCUGGAGAGGGAAUCUUCACAUACCCUAACAACCAUGUAUACUGACCACAAACAUCUUGUGUGUGUGUGUGUGACCUAUUCAUAUUGUUAUGCUGUGUGUUUGCUUUUCCCAAACUUUUUGUUGCAGUUUCUUUUUUGUUUUGGGUUUAUUUUAUUUUUUAAUUUUUGCAGAGCAGAAGUACACAAACCAGUCACCUGGUCUGUGUACAUGGCAUCUUUUGAUCUGCCGUGCUUCCCUUUUUUCCAUUCUCGCCAACACCGUUUCUGCUUACCAUCUUUCCCUCUCCUCUAUUCUUUUCUUGUGCUGAUUGUCCUCGUUCUAUGCUUUAUGUUUGGUUUAGUCUGUGAAGAUUUUACUUCCCCAAACAUUUACUAUUGUCCUUUGACCUUCUUGUGUGUCUCUCUAUAGAGUUCAGAGGAACAAGAUAGGAUGGGAACAGAGGAAACAGUUCAUAUUAGGAUAAACAGGAGGAGGAGGAGGAGUCAAAUGUGGCCCCAAUGGUAUGAUGGCUGUGCCUUGUCAACUGUGAAAUCUGCAUUAUAAGGCUGUCCAUCUUUUUUUUUUGUUUACAUACACUUGACAGUAGAGUGAAUUUUUGAAUGUUUUGAGUGCAAACAAGUUCUGUACACCACUUAGUAUUUUGAGGCCCGAAGCUUGUGUUCUUUGCUUUUGCUCAUCUUUUAGUCUCUAAAGUAUUUCUUGGGUUUUUUGGGAUUGAUCAUAGACGUGCCCCUUGUUUUUCUCAGCGUAAAACCCCCUCGUCGAUGCAUUUAUUGACAUUUUAAAAUAAUUUUUGAAGGUGUGAUUCUAACUUACCUCCUUCUCUUUGGUUCUGCUGGUAUUCUAAAGGUUUGGACUGGGCUCAUUGUCUCUCCAUUCCGGAGCCGCAUCAGGAUUCAGGAUCAGAUCAGGAUUAGGAUUAGGCUUCGGGAUGGAUACAUGGAGCAGGAGCAUGGGAGCAUUUUACUGGGAGAGGAUCCCGACCCCUGGCCCUGUCCACUUAAACCCAUCAAACCGGAAUUGUAGUGAGAUAUUCAAACUAAAUUGGCUGUCAAAUAAACCAAAUCACUUUUCCAAUUCCUGUUGGACCUCAAAGACACAGUUACUGGCGGAAACGUGAUGAGCGAGUUGUUUUUCAGACUUUUGUUUUUUAAAUUAUAAAUACGAAGAGCAAAGCUUGGAUCAAAACCAGGAGGAGGGCUGGGAAGUGCAGGAUGGAUCGACACCCUUAAGGAGAGUGGUAAAUAGUGGGCAACAGUGGAGGAGGGAGGGACGUGGGAGGAAUGGGAGGCGACAAGGGAAUGUGACCGUAUCGUGGUUUGUAUCUUUUUCUUCAUUUUUUUCCAGGACGAUGAUUUCGGAUUUAUUUUCUUAAGUAUACUCUUCAGUAUCUCAAAGCUUUAUUCUCUUUUAAUAAAAGUUUCAAUAAUACAA